CUUUAAUGACUAUUGUAAAAUAAGGGCACUUAAGAAGCUUGAGAUUAGUAUUUUCCUAAUACUUGACAUUAUCAUUCUGUCCAUGUCGUCUCCAUUGUUUGGCUGUGAAUUGCUUGCCAGAUUCUCAGUCUGAUGGCUUGUGAUGCAACUGAAGGAAGAAUACUGAUGGGGGAAUUUCUGCCUUUACACUGUAAAAAUCUGCAAUAAAGUGGGGAUGUCAAGAGCUGCCACUCCACCACCACCUGGAGACAUGUCCAGUGGUCCUAUAGCUGAAAGCUGGUGUUAUACGCAGGUAAACUACAUAUCUUGCGUUAAAGUUGUAAAAUUUUCUUAUAUGUGGACCAUUAAUAACUUCAGUUUCUGCCGAGAAGAAAUGGGUGAAGUUUUAAAGAGUUCUACUUUUUCAUCAGGGCCAAAUGACAAAAUGAAAUGGUGCCUGAGAGUAAACCCUAAGGGGUUAGAUGAUGAAAGCAAGGAUUACCUUUCAUUGUAUUUACUACUAGUUAGUUGUCCAAAAAGUGAAGUGAGAGCUAAAUUUAAAUUUUCUCUCUUGAAUGCAAAAAGAGAAGAAACAAAAGCAAUGGAAAGCCAAAGAGCAUAUCGAUUUGUUCAAGGCAAAGACUGGGGUUUUAAAAAAUUCAUUCGAAGAGACUUUUUACUUGAUGAAGCUAAUGGUCUUUUACCAGAUGAUAAGCUUACAUUAUUUUGUGAGGUGAGUGUGGUCCAAGAUUCAGUGAACAUAUCAGGACAGUCCAGUACAAAUACAUUAAAAGUACCUGAAUGUCGACUAGCUGAAGAUUUAGGAAAUCUCUGGGAAACAACAAGAUUUACAGAUUGCAGUUUUUAUGUAGGAGGACAAGAAUUCAAAGCUCAUAAAUCUAUUCUUGCAGCUCGUUCUCCUGUUUUUAAUGCAAUGUUUGAACAUGAAAUGGAGGAAAGCAAAAAGAAUCGUGUAGAAAUAAAUGAUGUAGACCCUGAAGUUUUUAAAGAGAUGAUGAGAUUCAUUUAUACGGGGAAAGCUCCUAACCUUGAUAAAAUGGCUGACAGUUUGUUGGCUGCAGCAGACAAAUAUGCACUGGAGCGGCUGAAGAUCAUGUGUGAAGAAGCUCUGUGUAGUAACCUCUCAGUAGAAAAUGUUGCAGAGAUCCUGAUUCUCGCAGAUUUGCACAGUGCAGAACAGUUGAAAGCACAAGCAAUAGACUUUAUUAACAGGUGCAGUGUUCUUCGGCAACUUGGUUGUAAAGAUGGGAAAAACUGGAACAGCAACCAAGCAACAGACAUAAUGGAAACAGCAGGCUGGAAGUCGAUGAUUCACUCCCAUCCCCACUUAGUAGCUGAGGCCUUCCGUGCGCUAGCAUCUGCACAGUGUCCACAGUUUGGCAUUCCACGCAAACGACUAAAACAGUCAUGAAAUCUUCCAUGAACUAUAGAAAAUUAAUGACUCCUCAUCCAUGUCCAGAGGGGCUUUUUAAACAAAACAUCUGUCAGAAUUUGCUACCCCUGUCCACUGAACAGAACCUGAAAGCUUUUGAGAAUGGAUAAUAUAUGGUUUAAUAAUCAGCUUUAAAUUAGACUGAUAACUCUCCAGUUCACUGAAAGGCCUUAACGUCAACUGCUCUAGUUCAUUUGUGAUUUCCUUGUUUUGUUUUGUAAAUUGUGCCUUGUCUUUUUGACUCGGCUGUGUAGGAUUGCACUAGCUCCAUAACGCAGUAAUGCUGAUAAAUGAAGACUGCUCUUGAAAGGGAUUUUUCUCCUUUUCCUUCCUUCCUUCCUUCCUUCCUUCCUUCCUUCCUUUCUUUUUCAUCAUUCCCCCCAUCCCAAAACAAAGAUUAUCAUUUGGUCUUGUGGUAACUGGAAGGUUUCAACAAGCCUCUCAUUAAAGCACUUGAACAGAAGGCCAGCAAGCACUCCAGUCCAAGUAUUGUGUUUCGAGUGCCUCUGACUACCUUCAAAGGGUGCUGCCAGGCAUGCUGUGGCAAUAUACUACUCUGAAUAUAAUUUAUUUUUCAUUGGUUCAGGUGAGUGAGGGAUAUAUGCAAUGUCUUGGCCCAGAAAUGUAUUUUUGGGAGAAUUUGCAAAUGCUUACUGUGUGAGUGUGUCCAUCAAGUAUUAAAAGGAACACACAGUAACCCUUUUUGGCCUGUAUUAUUUUAUGAUACAUUGGUGUUUUAUGUUGGACUGAACCAGAGUGAAAGCUAGUAUGGGGAGAGGAUAAGUGAAAUGUGCUGAGAAUAAAUAGUUGUUUCUCAAGUGUAAUACGUGGAAGGUCAAGGAUGCAUAAGAAUGACCAAAUGUAAAUUUCAGAAAUGGGCCAAAUUAUGGAUUCUUAGUAUGCACUUUUAACGUGUAACUUUUGUAUGUUGUGUGGUACAUAUAUAUUUUGGUUUUGAUAAAUAUGGUACAGUAAUUGUGGCCUAACUUUUGAAAUACAUUAAGAUGCCCACAGCCACAUGGGAUUUAGUUUUGUUACUGCAAACAAGGAAAGCAUGACUUUAGAGAUGUUGAUUCAAAGUGAAUAUCUCAAGUGUUCAUGUUAGAAUCCAUUCUAUUUUCACACAUAGGACAGGCUUACCUAUGUUCCUUUAGUGUGUGUACGCACAAGCCUGUUCACACUAGUGGAAGUUGCACAGACACACACUUAGGAGGAAGAAUAGAAGUCUGAAAUGUCAGUAUUUGUAAGCACUGACUUGCUGUUUUUAGCAUUUGUUAUUGUACUAGCAUUGUGGAUGGUAUUGAAAUUCUGCAUAAUGUGAAAAGGAUAUAACAACCUGUAAACUGCUUGUAAUGGGCCAGUUUCAUAUUAUACAAACCUUAGCUUUAAUGCCACCACUUCCAGUAUAUUUACUAGCAUUGUUUACAAUUGGGAGGAUUUGUCUGCAGCAGUGCACAUGUAAAUGUCUCUUGACCUAUUACAUUGAAUUUUACUUUUAAAAUGGUGAUGUGCUAUAUCUGUUGUGUGGGAUGAGUUGCAUUUAUCUGUCAGAAAAGGGAAUUCCUCUGAAUUUUACAAUGAACAAUUUUGUUUGCCCCAUCUGUUUCAUAUACUUAGUCCAUAAAUUUCUUUAUCUUAUCAAAAGGUGUCACUUUUCUGUUUUCAGUACGGAAGUACUGAUAGCCUGAAAGCUCUGGAGCAUGUUUAUUCUGCACUGUUGUUUUGUGUAAACCAUUCUUAAAGAGUAAUUGGGGAUAAGAGGAGUGCUCCCAAUCCAGAAUAUCCAUAUUUUGGCUGAACUUGUUCUUCCAAGUGAAAUCAAUGUAAAUUGUAAAGUGCCAUCUUAAGGCACUGUUAGAAAGGCCAUUUUAGGUCCACUCCUUGUGGUUUCAGUGUGCUUAAUCAUUGUUCAGUGAACCGAAGGGGUACAGAGAUGUUUUAUCCAGGGAGGCAUCCUAGGCUUUAACGUUUAUUGGAAGUUUCCCUUUAUCUAAAUUACAUUCUUAUACUGUUCUUAGCGGAGAUGAAAUGUAAGAAUGUGUGCCACUUUGUGUCAGAGAAACUUGUGCUGCAGUGUAACAAAUAAUCAUUAUGAGAAACCUUGCAUCUUGAAACUUGCAGCUAUAACAUGCAAAGUGACUUGAAUAUUUAAUACUGUAAUUGUCAAUUUCAGCUUGUUUUUAGAUACAGAAAACAAAUGGAACAUCUUAAGCAUUUUAUUUAGUUUUAAAGAACCUUAAUAACACACAUUAUACCAAAAACAUGGCCAAAACAUUGCUGUAAGAAUAUCUACUUCUUUAUAAAAAUCCAGCAAAAUUAGCAAAUGCAUACCAUACAUGACAUUAAUAGCCAAUUAUGACAGUUUAUUUACUAUAUUAUCCAUUGGCUAUUUAAAAAGGACAUAAACAGAAUAAAAUAAAUGCUUUGUGCAUUGGGUGCACUAUAAUUCCUUUUCUUUUCUGCAGUGAGCCACUUGCAUUGUCUUACUCUUCCAGAAAGAGCAGGCAACAACAACUUUCUCUUAGUAAUGGCAGACUGUGUGUAUUUUCCCUGUUUUCAUAAAAAUAGAUGGUGAAUUUCAAAGUAAUUCAGAAGAAAAAGUUUAUUUAUAAAUAUUUUCUAGCUGAAAGCUAGACAUUUUGUGAGGGCAGGCGACAGCUCACUUAACAGGAUUUUUCAGCACAAUUAUCAAAGUGCCAUGUUUGGCUUGCCAAUUCUGCCCCUUAAACACCCAUCAGCCAUCACUAUCAAACUUUUCCCCUGAAGGGAGUGCCCUGCAUGUGUUGUGUAAUGAUGUGUGGUUUUUAACAAAGAUUUAUUUUCCGAAAAAUAGGACUCAGUUUGCUGUUAAAAGUGGCAGAGGUUCCACUUAAAUGACUUAUGUGACAGUGUUUUUUCAGUGAAGGAAACUUCAGUCACCCACCCCGAUUUUGACAGUCCAUUUACUGCAUGCUGAAGUAUGAAAGCAUAGUGCCUUUUUGAAAUGCAAGCUAAAAAGAUGGCUAAUUCUGAAAAUUCCCUGGACUGAUUCAUAAGGAAGUUGUGAAUAUGGAUGACAAUAAGUAUAUGUUCAUCAACCUGACCACCUUCAAAAGCUAAAACUUCAAAAUAUUUUUGAAUUUCUUUCCAGAAUGAUUGAAGGCAUUCCUGUGGACUCAAGAUGAGACAGAUUAAAGGAUUUAGAUUAUUAAGGGAUAAGGAUUAUUUUAGUAGGAUUUCCCCCGUUUCAAUUCUUUAAAUGUGGAAUGGCAAUGUGCUCUCGACUACAUCAGAUAGAAAAAUACAAAGCAUAGUUUGAACAUUGCCCUCCUUUAUAGUAGGAUGACCUUUCAAGCUUAAAAUUUGCUUGUGAAGUUCCCUUAGAAAAUAUUAGGAUUAUCAGUUGGAGAUAUUCGGUAUUAGGUUAGGUGACUACCUAAAGCCAUUAUCCCCCCCCCCCCCCAGUUUAAAUUUUUAUUGGCUGGGUUGAUUGAAUUUUCUUAAGACCUCCUAUGAACUACCAGUUGUUCUGUUGUACAACACAACUGCAUUGAUUUACUUGCUUUCUGCUUGCAGCAAAUGGACUUUCCUUGAAAUGGAUUCUCAUUAUUUGUGUCAGUGUUUGCUGUGGUUUGCGUUGAUCAUAUUCUUUAAUUAAAAUCUGGAUUUUGAUAUGUGAGAAUGAAGGUUUAUUUUAUUUUAUUUUAUUUUUUGAGUCCUGUUUUAGAAUCAAAACAUUGGAAAACUUAAACCUGGUCUUAGUUGAAAGUUACUUGCAUUACCUAUCAUGAUAGAACACUUGCAUCAAAAACCAUCCAGCCUUUUAUAUCCGCCUGAUGUUAACAGUGAAAUACUUUUUGUACCUUGUUGCUGAAAAUAUUUUUGCAUUUCAGGACAUCAAGUUACAAUAAAGUUGUUACUUAUACAGAAA